AUGCGGGACGUCCCGACCAUGGACUCGAACAUGGACUACACAACCUUGGUUCUGUCCCAGUGCAGGAGUAUCAAAUGCAAGGUCCCAGUUACUGUAGUCCUGAAGAACCACUGCUCUCAGCUGGGACAGAGGCUCCAACAUGUGGAGGAGAUGGUCCAGGCGCUGCAGCACAGGCCGUCCAGCUCCAUAACUCCACAGGUGGGCGGGGCUCUGCAGAGUCUCUACACCACCCUCAUGAGUGCUGACAGCCUGCUGCAGAAGUGCUCCGUGAAACAAGACCAAGUGAAAAAAUCAAAGUACAAGAGUGAGUUCACCUCCCUGAACCGGCUCAUCGAGAACUCUGUGAGAAUCCUGGCCACGGUCCCGCAUGUCAGCCAUGCCCCCGUCUCCCAGGGGGGGGGCUACACGGUGGAGGAGGUGGAUGAAGACUCGGACGAGGACGAUGACCUCAUGCUGAUGCCGUACGCUUCAGGUCGGGCUGUGACUGCGGCCCAGAACCCCUUCCUGAACGCCCAGGCCAGCUUGGAGUACGAGUCGGUGGUGCUGGUGGAGAACGGCCUGGUGAUCUGUGCAGAACGAAUCACUGGACGGUUUUAA